AGUAAAUCGUGUAUCGGAACGUGCCCAUACCAGCCAGUUACUAUCUUUCGUUUUACAUCUUUCUUUCCGUUUUGCUAAUAUUGUUCACGACAUCACGAAAUAGAAAUGAUAGCGCGUCAAAACUUGUUGUUGUAGUGUUUCAAGAUCUUUGUGUGGUUUUAUAACAAAAUUCGUGUAAUCUACCCAAAUUAGAGAACAAUCAGUCACCAUGUCGAACUUUCAGGGUAUGCUGGCAAUUAAAAGGGAGGUUCUUAUUGCAGGAAAAUAUAGGAUUAUUAGAAGAAUCGGUGGUGGUUCUUUCGGUGAUAUUUAUCUGGGCAUAAACACCGCUAAUGGCGAGGAGGUAGCAGUGAAGAUAGAAAACAUUAAGGCCCGACACCCUCAGCUUCUCUAUGAGAGUCGAGUAUAUAAAAUGCUCCAAGGGGGCAUUGGCAUACCACAUAUAAGAUGGUAUGGCUACGAGAAGGACCACAACAUCCUUGUGAUGGAUCUGCUGGGGCCUUCCCUCGAGGACCUCUUCAAUUUCUGCUCGCGACAGUUCACCAUCAAGACUGUUCUUAUGUUAGCCGAUCAAAUGCUGGGUCGUGUGGAGUUUAUCCACUGCAAGUGCUUUAUCCACCGUGAUAUAAAGCCAGACAACUUCCUGAUGGGCAUCGGCCGGCACUGCAACAAACUUUACAUGAUUGACUUUGGCCUUGCUAAGAAGUUCCGCGACCUGCGCACCCGCGCCCACAUAUCCUAUCGCGAGGAUAAGAAUUUGACUGGUACGGCACGUUACGCGUCCAUCAAUGCGCACCUCGGCAUCGAGCAAUCGCGGCGAGACGACAUGGAGUCACUCGGAUAUGUACUUAUGUACUUCAAUAGGGGCUCUUUGCCAUGGCAGGGACUGAAAGCUAUAACAAAGAAGCAGAAAUACGAAAGAAUUAGCGAGAAGAAGAUGUCAACGCCCGUUGAAGUGCUCUGCAAGGGCUUCCCGGCCGAGUUUGCGAUGUAUUUAAAUUACUGCCGCGGGCUCACAUUCGACGAGGCGCCUGACUACAUGUAUCUUAGACAGCUGUUCCGCAUCCUGUUCCGCACGAUGAACUACCAGUACGACUACACGUUCGACUGGACCAUCCUGCGGCAGCGCAAGCAGACCAUGGAGGCGGGCGCCGCCGCCGCCGACCGUCGCUCGCCCUCCGUGCAGCGCCGCGCGCAGCAGCCGCCGCAGCCGCCGCCCAACAACGAGUGAAAACGAGUGAGGCGUUCGGCGGCUACAAGCGGUCCGGCGAGAAAGAGAACGCGAUAGCAUCCGAGUGCGCCCCGAUUUGUGUGUGUGUUUGUGUGUGUGUCGCCGGCCCCGCUUGCUGCACGCCGGCGCUGUAAUAUGCGUCGAUGAACCACUUUAAGCCAAAAAUAAACCGUUAUUUAGAAAAACUCAAACCCGAAAAGUCUGAUUUUCAAGGACUCAACUCUGGAAAGUCUGACUUUUAACGACUCUAUUCUAGAAAGUGUGACUUUCAAGGGCUCAACUCUAAAAAGUUUAACUUUCAUAGGACCGAUAGAAAGUUGUGACUCGAAAUCAUUUUUUAAGUUGACUCUAUAGGGAUCAACUCGGACAGCUAUGCCAAGAUUGGUCGUAGGUUUUGGACGGUUUUGUGAUUUUGUUUUGUAUGGAUCAUAUAAUUUGGUUCUUUGAAGUUUUGUUUAUGAGAACUUGCAAGAAAUGGUUGACCAUUUAAUUUGUAACAAAGGUUUUCUAAACGGUUAGUCAGUUUUAGGAAGUUAUUGUGAUUUGGUGGAUUAUGGUCUAUACAAAAUAAAAUACAAUUUCAAUACUCAUGUUGUAUGGAGAUAAAAUUUUUUUUUUUAAAUAUGGUUUUUAUUUUUGGCUUAAUUUGGUUCAGUGCAGUAAUUGCAAUAUGCAGGCGUCGAACGCUAAAAUGACGUAUAACCUUUUUCUAACAGAGGCCUUUUUAAUUUAACGAUCUAAAAAUUAUAUUAAAUAAUUUUAUAAUUAGAUAAAAAAAAAAUGAAAUUUAAUUUGCUAAUUCUGUGUACUCCUACACAAUGUAAAAGGUUUUUUUUUUAAUUAGAUUUUUUUGAAGUGUGCGUCGAUGGACUGCUAUAAAAUAUAAGUAUAUAUAGAGAAUAUAUAAUAAAACCGUUGUCAAAUUUAUGUAAGUGGAAGGACAAAUAAAUUCGUUCUCUUAGUUAAUGUAGUAACCCUUUGAAGUAACUUAGUUUUUUCUUUUAAUUAUUAAUUCGAUGUUAGUUUUCCUAAUUUGCUAGUGUUACAAAAACUCUUUAUUAAUUAGUAGGUAUUGUAGACGGUAAUGUUUCAAUUUGGCAUGUUGCUAAAUGAAAGUUAAACAUAACCGUUUUUUAGAAGCGAAUUAUUGGCUAAAAGUAAUUAAAUAUGUUCAUUAAAAUUAUCGAUUAACUAAUAAAUAGGUUUCUGUAAUGCGAUGAUGAAAAAAAAAUGGAAAAACUAAAAAAAAAUUAGUCUUAAGCAACCAGAUUUGCUGCCGAUUGGCAGAUUACAAAAUGUUUUCGGCCGAUCGACUAAAUUGUACAUAGACUAGGCCGAUUGGUUAGCGAUCUGGUUACAUUUUUUGUAUUUACGUUUAUUUUGAUGUUUUAAAAAGGCAAAUUGUAAAUAUGAGACAGUGUCCACAUCAGUGUUUAAUUUUUUUCUCUAAGGAACACAUAGUUUUAAGGUGAAUCACGGCACCCGUCUUCUACCCUUCCAAUACCCUUCCCCUUCCCUUCCCUGCACGAUCGACAAUUAGCGAUAUUUUUGUAUGAACGAUACAGUAAGUACGAAUUACAUCGCCUAUAUUUAAGACGGGUGUCGCGAAUUAAAUUUAAAAUAACUGUGUGAUUGUUUGAUGAAUGAAAAGGGGACAAGGAUUUGUUAUGACCAAAAUACUCUGCACUGUUAAGUGGUCCCCUUAGUUUAGAUUUAUCAAAAUCUAAUCUAAGAACCUCCCUUAAAAACUAACUCUUAGUGGCAGUUUUUUUAUUUGGAAAUUGUCUUAUCCCCAAUCAACUUAGGUAACCGGCCUAACUCAAUAAAAUGGAAGUAUUGUUUUGUGGUGAAGAAA